AUGGUGGGGCCCGGGACCGCUGCGGCGGCGCGCUGGACUCGGGAGGCUGAGCUGGAGCGUCGCUGGGAGAGCUUGGUGGCGCGCUCUCUGGCACGCCUGCCGGUGGCAUCGCAGCCCAAGGAGGCGGCCGUCCAGAGCGGCGCCGGCGACUACCUGCUGGGCAUCAAGCGGCUGCGGCGCCUCUACUGCAACGUGGGCAUCGGCUUCCACCUCCAGGUGCUCCCCGACGGCCGCAUCGGCGGCGUGCACGCGGACACAAGCGACAGCCUGCUGGAGCUCUCGCCGGUGGAGCGGGGUGUCGUGAGCAUCUUCGGCGUGGCCAGCCGGUUCUUCGUGGCCAUGAGCAACAAGGGCAAGCUCUAUGGCUCGCCUUUCUUCACGGACGAGUGCAAGUUCAAGGAGAUACUGCUCCCCAACAACUACAACGCCUACGAGUCCUACCAGUUCCCCAGCAUGUUCAUCGCCUUGAGUAAGAACGGGAAGACCAAGAAGGGGAACCGAGUGUCCCCCACCAUGAAGGUCACCCACUUCCUCCCCAGGCUGUGA